AUGCAAGCGGCCCAAGAACGACUGGCAGAUAUGAGAGUGGUACUGGUGUGUGCCCUCCUCUCCCUCCUCUCUUUGUCACAUGGCUGUCCGAAGGAGUGUAACUGCAACAGCAACACCAAAGUAGUAGACUGCCGGGGUCGAGGCCUAUAUGACAUCCCCCGACGACUGCAUCCAGACACCCAAGAACUGUAUCUCCAAGAUAACCGUAUCAGGGGGCUGGGAUCGAUGGCUUUUCGAGAAAUACCACUUGUCCGCAUUCUCGAUCUAUCUAAUAACUCUAUAACAUCUGUUUCACCGACUGCCCUGCUGGGUCUCAGAACUCUACAGCGCCUCAGCCUGGCCUACAACAGCCUGAGAGAGCUUGACAAGCGGUUGCUUGGGCCUAUCCGCUCGCUUUCACACCUUGACCUCUCACACAACAGCCUGUGGGGUUUGCCUGGAGCCAUUGGCGACAGUUUGAGGAACCUAAGCCACCUGGGGCUAGCACACAACAGGCUAACACGAUUGGACCGCUCCCUGUUGGAGGCCCUGACCCACCUGGAAAGCCUCACACUACGAAGUAACCCGUGGAGGUGUGACUGCCAGCUCAUAGGCCUCAAACUCUGGCUGGAGACCUACCUCUUUAAAGGUGGAGUGGUGGAUGAGGUGCUUUGCUCCCAGCCAGAAGAAAUGAAGGAUAAAGACCUGCAGAAAGUACCUUACCAGCUCUUCCACGUCUGCAUGACCACCAGCUACCAUUACCUGUUUGCUAACAUACAUCACUUGGAGAAUGAGAGGCUACUGCGUGGCCACACCCAUGGCAACCAUGCUCAUCCCUCUAGCCAUGCUAUCCAUGUCCCCAUGGCAAUGGGGGAGGGUUUCGGAGGAGGAGGAGGAGGAGGAGGAGGAGGAGGAGGGGGUUUGCCAGAGUGUGAACCUAAGCAGAGGCCGCGGCCUGUCAAUUUGCGCCAUGCAAUUGCCACAGUGAUCAUCACCGGCGUAGUGUGUGGGAUUGUGUUUCUGAUGAUGCUGGCUGCAGCAGUGUACGGCUGCGCUUACGCCGCUAUCAUGGCCAAAUAUCAGCGGGAGCUUAAGAAGAACGAGGAGUUGGCAGCAGCUCAGGUGGCAGAUCAUGCCAAAGCAGAUGAGAAGGAGCCACUGGAGAAUGCUAUCGCCUAA